AUAAAAAAGGGAACCAGUACAUUCUCUGCUGCCUGCUCUCCCAUUGUUCUCUCUGUAUCCAACUUGUCAGGUCAAGCUCGCUCAUUGCUUUGCUGCCUCUUUUAUUUACUCCUCUCUCUCUCUCUCUCUCCCUCCCUCCCUCUUUCUUGCAAGAAGAAGAGCAACUUACAAUGCAGCAGCAAACAAGAACUGUUCAAGUGAAGCAUUUAUCAGAUCUAGCGAGCGAGAGAGAGAUUCAUGAGUUCUUCUCUUUUUCUGGUGAAAUCGAACACAUUGACAUCGUACGUGAAAAUGGGGAAUCAAGGACUGCGUUUGUUACAUUCAAAGAUCCUAAAGCACUUGAAAUUGCUUUAUUAUUAUCCGGAGCAACUAUAGUGGACAAAAUAGUGAGUAUAACUCCUGUUGAAAAUUAUGUGCCAAAACGUGAGCUUCAGGAAGUAAGAAAUGUGAAUGAUGCUGUAUCUGUUGUUAUUACUGAGAGCUUUCCAUCAAUGGAUCAGGCUAAAACUAGCCCACCAAAUAAUGGGAGAAUGUAUGUCAAUAGAGCACAAGAAGUGGUUUCAACAAUGCUUGCAAAAGGUUCAGCUUUGGGCCAAGAUGCAAUGAAUAAGGCCAAGGCAUUUGACGAGAAACAUCAGCUGACUGCUAGUGCAUCUGCCAAGGUCUUUUCUCUUGAUCGAAAAGUUGGGCUCACAGAAAAAUUGACAGUUGGAAUUUCAGUAGUAAAUGAGAAAGUGAAGUCUGUGGAUCAAAGGCUUCAUGUAUCGGAUAAAACAAUGGCAGCAAUAUUUGCGGCAGAGAGGAAGAUAAAUGACACAGGAUCAGCUGUCAAAUCAAGCAGAUAUGUGACAGCUGGAGCAGCUUGGCUAAAUGGGGCCUUUGAUAAGGUGGCAAGGGCUGGUCAGGCUGCUGGUACAAAAACCAGGGAAAAGUUCAAUAUGGCUGUAUCCAACUUGACUGCUAAAGAAUCGCCGAUUGCAGUGUAAGCUAGAUUUUGGUGCCACCAGGAGCUCAUUCAUCAGAUUUUUUGGACAAAUACAGUGGACCCUUGUGUUGCUCCAAUCACUGAGUUCAGAGAAAGUGUGUUGAUGUUGGAGUUGCAUGCUUGCGGAAGGAUGAGAAGUUUGUGCAGUGUUCCCUUUAUGCAUAUCCGUCUUUGGUUUGGCGUGUAAGAUUAGUGAACCCAAUAUUCUUCCUAUUUUCCAAUAUUCUUUGAUUCCUAGGGUAAUAUGCCUAUGACUUCCUUGUAAUUCUGCUGUUUGCCACAAUGAUUUUAAGUCAAAAAGAAAAAAAUUAAAAUCA